AUGGGUAACUUUAGAGCACGCUUUCUUCAAUUUAAAAAGAUUCCCGAUGAAAAUGGUAAAAAAAAUGCUGACACUGUUCAAAAACCAAUAUCUUUAACAUUUGUUCAAAUACCAUUUCAUUAUAAUGCAGAAUUACCAAUUGGUAAAUUACCCGAAAAUAUCAAAUGUGACAAGUUUGAUAAAAACGUUUUUCAAACAAUGACUCGUGAAGGUGUUAUUUUCUUGUUAGAUGUUUAUAAUAUCUUGCAAGACAUUUCAGAUAAUGAAGUUAAAUAUCAAUAUCAAGAUGGUAUAAAAUUAGAUUUUCAUAAUAAAUUAACCAUAAAAAGUUCUGACUUACCAUUUAUAAACGAUAAACAAUUUAACAUUUCGCAUGUUGAAUUAAUCAAAUUUUUAUUCAAUGAUUUACGAAAUACGAGAAAUAUAAUCCUAAUCACUAAUUCAUUGGUCUUAUUCAAUAUUAGUGAUAAAUUUAAAAAUGCCAUAUAUGAUUAUUUCAAAGAAAUUUGGUCAUUUGAAUUAUCCAAAAUUGAUGAUGAUUUCAUAAGAGAUGUUCUUUCCAUUUGUUUAAAAAUUUGGGAAAUGAAAAUUAUAUCACAGAUUGUAUCUGAUGGCAAAUAA